CCUUUACGUAUUGACGUCAUCGCAUCGCUUCUUCCGCUGCCGGCAGAGUGGACGUGAGGAAGAGAAGAAAAAGCAGAAGAGGAACAAACGUCGAAACGAGCGCAGGUUGUUUGUUUUUAUGAGAAACAUUUCCCGCUGAGAAGAGUAAAAGCUCCAAGUUCGAGAACCGCGAAAGAACACCGGCUGCAGGUGACCGACGAUGGCUGUGAACGUGUACUCGACCUCAGUGACCAGCGACAACUUAAGUCGCCAUGACAUGCUCGUGUGGAUCAACGAGUCUCUACAGAUGAACCUCACCAAGAUAGAAAUGCUGUGCUCAGGUGCUGCUUACUGCCAGUUCAUGGACAUGCUGUUUCCCAACUCUGUGCCUUUGAAGAAAGUGAAGUUCGGGGCCAAGCUCGAGCACGAGUACAUCCACAACUUCAAGCUUCUGCAGGUGGCCUUCAAAAAGAUGGGCGUCGACAAAAUCAUUCCGGUGGACAAACUGGUGAAGGGGAAGUUCCAGGAUAACUUCGAGUUCGUACAGUGGUUCAAGAAGUUCUUCGACGCCAACUACGACGGAAAGGAGUACGACCCCGUGGAGGCGAGACAGGGGCAGGACGCCAUGCCCACGCCCAACCCCGCCACGUCAGCCCUCAACAAACCACCCAAAAAGGCCCUCAAUCAAGCUCCUCAGAGGCCCCCCGUGGCUAAGGUGGCGCCCAAGGUGGCUCCGGUCAGUGCGAAGAAGGCGGGGACGGGAGGAAACGACGAGGAGGUGGCUGAGCUCAUCAAUGAGAUGGAGAUGCUGAAAUCCACCAUCCAGGACAUGGAGAAGGAGAGAGACUUUUAUUUUGGAAAGCUGAGGAACAUCGAGCUGAUCUGCCAGGAGAAGGAAGGCGAGGGCGACCCGACGCUGCAGAGGAUCGUCGACAUCCUCUACGCCACAGACGAGGGCUUCGUCAUACCGGACGCUGAGGAUCAGGAGGAGUUUUAAUAUUCAAGACUGCAGCAACGUUUCUCGUAGACGUCCUCGCCCACCAACCCGCCUCCACACCCCGAUCAAGCCGAGCCUUUGGUUUUUAUAUCCAGCGCUGAACCCGGUCUCAGCUUGACCCCCCCCCCUCCCCCAAAAGUACCUGCUGGACUUCUCCUUCGUCUCGCCUUCGACAAACAUCCUUUACCGCGAAGCCUCGGCCCCGCCUCCCCCUGUUACUCCAUCUUUCCCAAAACCGGAUGGUGCCAACAAACAUAUCUGGUGUUUGUAACGAACUUUGAUUUGAAAACACGGUGAUGAUGUUCUCUGUGUGUGUGUGUCUGUCUGUGUGUGUUUGAAAUGAAACGUGGAGAUCCUCCUCCGCAGACCCGGCCGACCUCCCAAACUAAUCCCGACACAUUCCGAGCGAACCCGCUGAGGGUUUGUGCAGGUUUAGUCUGGGACGCGGCGCCGCCGGCUCGUCUGCUGGCCUUCUUCCACCAUCUUUAUUUGUGCUGAGCUUUUGUAAAUUGAUGCUCCUGUUCUUCACGCCUCCCACCUCUCUCCACUGGUUGUGUUUUUGUGUUUGGCACGUGUUGUUCACCUUUCUGAUCGCAGCCACGUCAGCGCAGAGAUUUUUCCCUCACACUGAAAAUGUUCCUGGUAGCACAUCGGACACGUCAGGCUUCCUAACAAACUGCAGGACGUGUUUGCGUUUGGCAGCCUUCUGAUCAACACGACAAUGUUUAGUAAAAAAGAACCAAACCAGAUUGCUUUGUCUGUUUCCUGCAGCGGCCCUUACACAUCAUGGAAAAUCCAAAUGCUGUGCGCUCCAGGGCAGAGGGUGGGGUACCUCCACCCUCAGGCUGUGCUGUCACUGACUCCGCCCCUCUGAUGCACUCGCUGUAACCUUAAACGACCCCCUCUUUGGUUUGCACAGUAGUCAGCUCGUCUUCAAUCUGUGCGCGCGGUUUAAAAGCCUGUCCGGCUCUUUCGGGCUCGCGGCCGAUUGGGUCUGUCUGCGGACGCUCCCUGUUAGAGUUCGGCGUGUCCUGCGUCGGGGUUUAAGCGUAUUGCUUAGCGUGCUGAAGGAAGCGCGUGGGAAUCACUGCGAGUCUGCAUACACGUCCCUGCAGCGCUGUCGUGGGUCUGACUGGAGCCCAGUUUCUGAAAUGUUCCAUCGAUGGCCUUAAUCUUUCUUUCUUUACUGUGUGUGUGUGUGUGUGUGUGUGUGUGUGUGUGUGUGCACUGUUUGUGCGUUUACUGUCAGUCUGGAGGUCGUUGUGGGGAAACGCUCGGCGUCCGUCUUCCAUCAAACGCUCCCAAAAGUGUCCGGCUGAGGCUCGGUCCGCUCUCCUGCUUGUUGCCUUCAGCGUCUCCGAUCUUUUCGUUUCUCCAUCUUUUUCAGAAUGUAUUUUCUGGAAGAGCGGGCGGAGCCUCGGAGCCUCGGGGCGGGGUUACCGGCUAGUUUUUUGGUCUGUGCUGCAGCACGUGUUGCUUUCGGACCCGAGGAGGAAAACUGAAGUAGUCUCCUAGUUUAAGUUGUAGUCUGGCUUCUGAUUAAUGCGACUGAUGUGAAAGUUCAUAAAGGCACAAAAGCAGGUUUGAAAGCUCUGCAGGGAUCUCUCUUUCCAGAAGAAUGUGAUCCACGCAAAAGAAAAAGCACUCGUGAGCCGUUUUAUGCAGGAACUAUUUCCCUCUGCCGUCUCCAUCCGCCGGUUACAGCUCUCUCACGGGCGGAGGGACCCGAGUGUGGUUUUGGGUUUCUUUCUGGAAAGAGACAUUUCUGCAUUCUUGAAAAAAAUCAACGAACUUUUUAAUUUUUUAUUUGUUUGCGUUUCUUUUUUUUCUAAUUUUAUUUUUUGCGUGUGCCGUUUAGCUCCGUCAUAGUGACGAGUGGGCGGAGUUAAAACAGGCGGAUCAGAAGCCCUGGCGGCCGGGCAGAGGUGGUGGAGAUGGGUGGGGGUGAAGACAAUUAAACAUUAAACUUUACGUGAACUGUAUUUUGGCACGUUUGUCCGAAUGAAUUUGUUGAAACUUUUGCUGGCGUCACGUUAAAGCUGGUGGCGUGAGGAACUGGAGGCGGAGCUUCCCUAGAGACUGACCCCAUUAAGGCCCGCCCCUCCAAACCAGUAAAAACCUUCAGUAAAAUUCACACGAAGCUCUGAACUGUUAGGAAAAAAACACGUCGGCGUGGAACUGUGACUUUCUGUCUAAAUCUUGUUUUGAGGGGAUUAGAGGAGCAGGAAGUGAGCUUGGGUUUGGUCUAAAGAAUGCUCGUCUGUGCUCGGAGGUAUUUGAUGUUGAACCGAAACAGCAACAGCAUGGCGGCAUUGCUGCGUCCACACUUACCGCUGUCUUCAGUAGCAUAAACGUCUUCUUCAGCCGCUGACCCUCCGCCAUGUUGGGCUCUCAGCAGCACAGCGUUGGUAGAAAAGAGGUAAUGGUUCUAUUCUUCCACCCCUGUGGUCCCAGUAGCCACUCCAGAGCUGGUACGGAGCAUCUUCACCUGGACACAGCUGCUCUGUUCUUGGAGAACCUCUGAGGGCGAGGUCCCAGCAUCACGCUGGUGGAAGAGCGGCGUUACUUCCUCCGCACUGCCAACAUCAGGUGAUCAGGUUACCGGCGCUUCUGUCUUUGUGCUGAGAGUUUUUUUUUUUCACUUCUGAACGCGGACUGCGGUCUGCUGGAACGAUAAUAAGUGUGUCACUGUAAGCGUUAGAAGGACUGUGGUGGUGUUUCAUGUCUGACUGGUACAGAACGUGUCUGAGCGAAGGGAAAUACUCGCUUUAAAGGUAAUGAUGCUUGACUGACCUCUGACCUCUCUCCCCUUUUAACGCUCUGUGCCGAUAAGCGUGCACGCCGCGGGCCAAGCGGCACCCGAGUCUUCUCUGUCCGGGCUUCUCUGUGUUUGUUAUACUUCUUUAAUAAAGUUUCGUACAGACAAUAAAACAGUAUUUCCA